AUGGCCGACGUCCCCAAGACCAUGCCCGGCGUCCUCAUCGAGGAGAACGGCGGCGUCGAGGUCCUGAAGUGGAAGACGGACCUGCCCGUCCCUGAGCUCAAGGAGGGCGAGGUCCUCGUCAAGAACGAGCUCAUCGGCGUCAACUACAUCGAUACCUACUUCCGCACAGGCCUCUACAAAGCGCCCCUCCCGCUCGUCACCGGCAAGGAAGCAGCCGGCACCGUCGCGGCCCUGGGUCCGGCCCUCUCGGGCUCGGACCUCAAAGUCGGCGACCGCGUAGGCUACCUCCACGACCACGCCUACGCGGCCUACACCGCCGUCCCGGCCGCCAAGGUCCUCCGCCUGCCCGAGGGCAUCACGACCGCCCAGGCCGCCGCCUCCCUGCUGCAGGGCCUCACGGCCCUGACCUUUGUCCGCGAGGCCGCGGGCCUCCACGCCGGCGGCGGCGCGGGGGCCACGCUCGGCGUCGGCCAGGGCCCCUGGACGCUCGUGCACGCGGCCGCCGGCGGCGUCGGCCUGCAGCUCGUGCAGAUGCUCGCGGCCAGCGGGGCGCGCGUCAUCGGCACGGCGGGCAGCGCCGACAAGUGCGAGCUCGCGCGCCGGCACGGCGCGCAGUGGGUCGUCAACAGCCGCGAGGACGGGCUCGCGGCCAAGGUGCUCGAGAUCACGGGCGGGCACGGCGCCGACGUCGUCUUUGACGGCGUCGGCAAGGCGACGUUCGAGGCGGACCUGCAGAUGAUUGCGCGCAAGGGGACGCUGAUCAGCUUUGGCAACGCGUCCGGCCCCGUGCCGCCCGUCGACAUCCUGCGCCUCGGGCCCAAGAACAUCAAGCUCAUGCGGCCCGUCCUGUUCAACUACCUCGUCACGCGCGACGAGAUCGAAAAGUACAGCAAGGAGCUGUUCGACCUCAUCAUGACGGGCAAGGUCGAGGUCAGGGUCCACGACACGUACCCGCUCAAGGAGGUGGCGCGCGCCCACUCGGACCUCGAGGGCAGGAAGACGACGGGUAAGCUCCUGCUCAAGCUGUAG